AGGGGGUGCCUGGAGAGGCGGCGACUCCCGCGCCUGCGCAUCCAGCUCCAGGGACCAUAGCUUUUCUAUGGGAUUCCCAAUCUGCAGCAGAGAUUUACCCGAGCGUGUGGCGGCAGCCGCUGGGCUUGCAAGGCGCGAUCCAAGACGGAUUUAAGCAGCCUAGCUCUCCAGAGGGGGGAAAAAAAAAGAGCGCGAGAGAAUCACACAUAAGACGGCUUAACCGUUUAUUCGAGUUAACAUAGAAAUAUAUAUAUUUUAAAAAGAACUGUUGAGUUUUCUCAUUUUCGUUAAGUGGCCGUGCGCAGCGCUAUAACUACAGAAUGGGGAAACAGAAUAGCAAACUGGCCCCAGAAGUGAUGGAGGACCUGGUAAAGAGCACAGAGUUCAAUGAGCAUGAACUCAAGCAGUGGUACAAAGGAUUUCUCAAGGACUGCCCAAGUGGGAGACUGAAUCUAGAGGAAUUUCAGCAGCUCUACGUGAAGUUCUUUCCUUACGGGGAUGCCUCCAAGUUUGCCCAGCACGCCUUCCGGACCUUUGACAAGAACGGGGAUGGCACCAUCGACUUCCGAGAGUUUAUCUGCGCCCUGUCCAUCACUUCCCGAGGCAGCUUCGAGCAGAAGCUCAACUGGGCCUUCAACAUGUAUGACCUGGAUGGUGACGGCAAGAUCACCCGAGUGGAGAUGCUGGAGAUCAUUGAGGCUAUCUACAAAAUGGUGGGCACCGUGAUCAUGAUGAAGAUGAAUGAGGAUGGUCUCACGCCUGAGCAGCGAGUAGACAAGAUUUUCAGCAAGAUGGAUAAGAACAAAGAUGACCAGAUUACACUGGAUGAAUUCAAAGAAGCUGCGAAGAGCGACCCUUCUAUCGUAUUACUUCUGCAGUGCGACAUUCAGAAAUGAGCUGAGGUCAAUACUAUGGACUGCACAAAAGUCACUAUGUUCCAUUCAGUCUGCAGCUACACACACACACACACACACACACACACACACGCACACACACACAUGCACACAACACACACAUACACAUAUAAAUAUUGCUUGGACUACCUUGGACUUGCUUCUUGUGUUUGAAACACUUGUGUGCAUGAGAAUGUCAUUUGCUAAUGAAUUUUAAAAGCAUAUAUCAUAAAACAAACAAACAACCUGCCACAAUGUGAUAUGUGUAAUAUCAUUUCAUUAAAAAACAAAACAAGACCCUUCUCCAAAGCCUGGGCAGAUAUGUGCUGCAAAGAGUUACAUGAUUUCUUGUUCAUGUUUUGCUAAUGCUCGUGUCUCCUUGAUUCCAUAUGUUAGUAGCACUGAGACCCCUCACAGUAAUGUAACUUAAUUAUAAGCUAUGUCACAUUCUCCUGUAAAAUAGUACUGGACAGAUGCAUUAAGAAGCCCUUGGCUUCUCUGUGCUGUCCACACACAAGAGCUUGUAUUAUCAGUGAAUAGAGAUGUACUACAUUUGCAUGCCUUUUAGGUUUGCCUUAAUUCUUACCUCAUUUGCAUCCUACCAAUCUGGAAAGAGCUAUGUUGGAAUUAAUGCAGUAUAAACCCUAAAACCCUGCUAAAUGAUUAAGUAUAUCUAUCUAUAUAUACAUAUAUACAAAGAUAUUAUUUAUUGAAAAGUGAAAAAAAAGGAUGGAAGUAUAUUGAUUUCUGCUUGAAUUUUCAAAGGUUUCUAAAGAGGUGGCAAGAGAUGUCCCAAAUAAAUUUAUAACAUUUGAUUUUCCCUCAAUUUUUUAUUUUAUAAUUUUAAAAUUGAGACAGAUGUUUCUAUUCAUCAAGAGUCAGCAAGUAGCAGUGUAGAAAAUCUACCCUUAAACCCACAAUUUUGGAAUGUGAAUAAUUACUGACAAGAAAAGGGGGAAAAGUAACAUUCCAGUUCUUCAUAUGGCAUGUUAAGUUUAAAUAAAACAUAAAACUUGUUUAUUCUCAAAUAA